GCUGACAUGUGACCGGAUGUAGCGAUGCACUAGAUAUACAUGACCGGAUGUUACCGGGCAGGAUGUGAGCGGAAGUCCCGGGGAUGCGGCGCCCGCUGCUGCUGCUCCUGUGCCCCUGCGCCCUCGGGCUGCUGCUGCGUCUCUGGCUCCGCCCCGCGCGUUACCCGCUGGUGAUCGGUGUCCUCUCCGCCCGGCACCACCGCCCGCUGCGGGACGCCAUCCGGGCCACCUGGGGCUCCGCCCCCCAGCGGGCGCCGCUCCACUUCAUCGUCGGCUCAGAGGCCUGCGCCCUGCCGCCCGAGGACCGGGAGGACCCGUACUCCUGCCGGCUGCUGAACAUCAGCGCCCCCGCCCUGCACCGGGAGAUCGAGGCCCUGACCGGCUCCGCGCCCGCCCGCUCCGCGCACCGGCAGCUCAGCGUCACCUUCCGGGUGCUGCACCCCAUCGUCAUCACCCGGCUGGGGGCGUGGUGCCCGGGCCACACCCGCAACAUCAGCGUCCGCCUCUUCCAGGCUGAGCAUGAGGAGCCGCUGUGCGGAGCCCGCCUCACCCCGCUCAGCCCCGGCGCACCGCACCUCGCCCCGGGCUCACCCCGCCGCACGCCCGCCAUCUGCUACAAGCCGGUGGAACAGUUCAUCCUGCCUGAGGGAUUCCACGGCACGGUGCGCUGGGAGAGCCAGGACGGGGAGGGGCUGCCCAUGUGGGGCGUGCACAGAGUCACCCUGAACGACGGCGGCGGGGUGCUGCGCUUGUGCGCUGCCGAGGAGGGGCUGCUGCCCUAUGACUUUGCCCAGGGCGCAGAGGGCGUGGCCGGCGGCUUCACCUACACCAUCCAUGAUGGGGAGAACCUGCUCCACCACCUCCAGUCCCGCCCACAGCGCCAGGCCCAGCAUCUGGCAACCCUGGAGGCGGAGGAGGCCGCCCUGCGGGAGGAGAGCCACGCCCACGGCGACAUUGUCUUUGUGGACGUGGAGGACACUUACCGCAACGUCCCCCGGAAGCUGCUGCUCUUCUACCGCUGGCUGCUGGGCUCCGUGGACUUUGACUUCUUGCUCAAGACGGACGACGACUGCUACGUGGAUAUGGACAACGUCCUGCUGGCCCUCCAGGAGAAGAGGCUGGAGGGGCCCAAGGCUUGGUGGGGCAACUUCCGGCUGAACUGGGCCGUAGACAGGACGGGGAAGUGGCAGGAGCUGGACUACCUGAGCCCCGCGUACCCUGCCUUCGCCUGUGGCUCCGGCUACGUUAUAUCUCAGGACAUUGCCCAGUGGCUGGCCGCCAACGCCGACAGCCUGAAGACCUACCAGGGGGAGGAUGUCAGUAUGGGCAUCUGGAUGUCCGCCAUUGGCCCUCGCCGCUACCAGGAUGACAGGUGGUUGUGCGAGAAGACGUGUGAGGGCGGCAUGCUGUCCUCGCCCCAGUACUCGCCCUUGGAGUUAUCCGAGCUCUGGCAGCAGAAAGAGCGCUGCAGAAACCCAUGCUUGUGUGCCAGCACAUGAGCAAAGAGAUGAGUCCUCCUACAUAUAGCGGGGUCACAGUGCUCAUGGCGCCCGUCCUGCUGACUGCUUCCUCAGUACCCUCUAUGCUCAUCACAGGCAGCCAUACAUUCUGCCCAUGUGUAGGGAACCUCCUGUCGGGUACUGAGGUGGCGGAACCACUGUGUGACACUCACUGAAUAUACAUUAUUAUUACAGGAGCUCAGGGGGGUAUUUAUUAUGUGUUCAGCCUAUGGCGGUACUUGAUGGAGAUGAAGGACAUUAAAUGGGGGAGGGGGGACCCUCCAUGCAAUAACCCAUUGACAGGUUCUGUUUUAUAAUGUAUAGGUAUGAAUAAAAUGUAUGUUUUCUGUAA